GGAUCUGUCUGCGUGAAUACGAGGUUGUCUUAUUCGUGACAUUCAGAUGGAGGAGGACGAGAGAUCUAAAUCCAGGAAGGAAGAUUACGAAAUGAAGGCGAAGAAUCGCCGAGAUCGUUACCGUGAUCGCGGUAAGGACCAGAAGAAGGGGAACGGUUCAGAGAAGAACCGGCGCAAGAGACGGUGUGAGAGGGUUAUGAGUAUUGAUUCGGAAGAUGUUUGCGAUCGAUACGUUGGUUAACGGAGGGAGAAGCCUAAAGAAAAGGACAAGGAUCGGAGACGGAGCGGUUCUGAUAGGUUUAAAAGCGGAACGGAAGAGAAGGGAAGAAGAUACCGAGAACAUGGGAGAAAUAGAGGUAAAGAUCGUAAAAUAGAUAGAGAAGGCAAUGAAGAGAGCGGUGAUGAUGUCAAGCGUGACUUGAAACGUGGAAGACAAGAGGACAAUGAUGAGAAGAUAGAGGAUGGGGUUAAGCAGUUGGAUGAGGAGGCAGAGAAACGUAGGAGAAGAUUACAUGAGUGGCAAGAACUGAAGAAGAAAAAGGAGGAAGCUGAAAGCGAAAGCAAGUCUUGGACUCUCGAAGGAGAUUCUGAUGAUGACCAAGGCCCUCCCCAUGGUGGUGAUGCUUAUAAGAUGGUAGACGUUGUCUCUGAGAACGAAGAGGUAAUUGAUCCUUUACAUGCUUUUAUGAAUACCAUGGUUUUACCUGAGGUUGAGAAGCUUAGCAACGCUGCUUCUCCUCUAGGUACUGUUUUGGACUCUAACAAGGACGUUGAUAAUAAAGCCCGUUUGGGUUGGAUAAUCCAAGGUGAAGAUUCUGACUAUUCAGAGACAAAGGAUGAUGAUGAUCAACCUAGUUUGGACAAAGGAGACGAGGUCUUCAUGAAGACACUAAAGAAGACAAAAGGAGAUAAACUAACUCUUGUUGACCAUUCAAACAUAGAGUACCAACCUUUCCGUAAGAACUUCUACAUCCAAGUGAAAGACAUCUCAAACAUGACAGAACAAGAAGUCAACACUUACAGAAAAGAACUAGAGAUAAAAGUCCACGGAAAAGACGUACCAAGACCCAUCAAAUCAUGGCACCAGACCGACCUAACCACCAGAAUCUUGAACACAAUCAAGAAACUCAACUUCCAAAACCCAACUCCUGUCCAAUCACAACCCCUCCCAAUCAUAAUGUCCGGUCGAGACUGCAUCGGAGUCGCACCAACCGGGUCAGGCAAAACCCUCAGCUUCGUUCUACCAAUGCUAAGACACAUCAAAGACCAGCCUCCCGUCGAACCCGGCGACGGGCCCAUUGGGCUUGUAAUGGCACCAACCAGAGAGCUAGUCCAGCAGAUUCACACCGAUAUCAAAAAGUUCGCUAAGUCACUGAGUAUCAGAUCAGCGGCAGUAUACGGAGGUUCAGGAGUUGCUCAGCAGAUCAGCGAGCUUAGGCGAGGGACUGAGAUAAUAAUCUGCACUCCUGGUAGAAUGAUUGAUAUUCUCUCCACAAACAGUGGGAAAGUAACCAAUCUCCAAAGAGUAACGUUUCUUGUAAUGGAUGAAGCUGACCGUAUGUUCGACAUGGGCUGACCUCAGAUCACUCGCAUUAUCCAAAACAUUCGACCAGAACCCGCAACUUUCCCACGUCAAGUCGAGGCUUUAGCUCGCAAAGUCCUGAACAAGCCUGUUGAGAUACAGGCGGGCGGGAGGAGCGUCGCGAAUAAAGAUAUAACUCAGUUUGUUGAGAUCAAGUCAGAUAGCUAGAAGAGGCCUAGGCUCGUGGAGCUUAUCGAGGAAUGGUACGAUAAAGGGAAGGUUUUAGUCUUUGUUGGUUCACAGGAGAAAUGCGACGGUUUGUAUAACGAUUUGAAGAAUAAAUGUGGUUACCGUUGCCAAUCUCUCCACGGAGGGAAAGAUCAGAUUCUUCGCGAGGUGGCUGUUUCUGAGUUUAAGAGCAGUGUUUGUAAUUUGCUGGUUGCUACUAGCGUUGCGGCUAGAGGUUUGGACGUGAAGGGGGUUGAGUUGGUUGUGAACUUUGACGCUCCGAAUCAUUAUGAGGAGUAUGUGCAUCGCGUUGGUCGGACGGGGAGGGCGGGGAGGAAAGGGUGCGCCGUGACGUUUGUGUCCGAGGAUGAUGCCAAGUACGCGCCGGAUUUAGUUAAAGCUUUGGAACGGUCUGAGCAGGUUGUUCCUGAUGGUUUGAAAGCGAUGGCUGAUGGUUUUAUGGAGAGGGUGAGGGAAGGUGUUGAGAAGGGUCAUGGAAGUGGUUUUGGCGGGAGUGGUUUUAAGUUUAAUGACGAGGAGGAUGUUAGGAGAGCAGCGAAGGAGGCGCAAAAGAAGGAGGAUGGUAUUGAGGAAGAAGACAAGUCUGAGUUGGAAGAUGAGAACGGUGGUGGUGAGAUCUCACAGCAGAAGCAGGAGGCUACUAUGGUUGUUGCUGCUAUGCUGCGAGGUUGUGCAAGGACUCGACAACAGUAUGAAGCUGAACUGGAGAUAAAUGAUUUCCCACAGAAUGCUCGUUGGAAGGUGACGCGGAGAGAGACUCUUGGUUCGAUAUCGGAUUGGUCUGGAGCGGCUAUUACUACCAGAGGUCAGUUUUUCACGCCGGGACGUAGCCCGGGCCCUGGGGAACGCAAGCUUUACUUGUUUGUUGAAGGACCUAGCGAGGAAUCUGUUAAGGCGGCCAAAGGUGAGCUCAUGCGUGUUGUUAAUGACGUUACUAAUCAAGCCUUGUCGUUUCCCGGAAGAUCACAACAUGGUAGAUACUCCGUCUUAUAA